AUGGUCCCCCAAAGCACCACCAGUCAUGUGGCGAACCUAAAAUGGCUGCCGCUCCUCAUCCUCAGGACUGAACAGUAAUCAAGACAUAGAGGGAGCGUUUUGACGCUCUCUGCCAACAGUUCUGGAGACGCAUCUAUCAUCGACACUACACCCCUGCCGAAUCAGGAAGACUAAAGGCUACAACGAACACCCGACCUUGUUCCAGACUGGGAUCCCACCUGAAGAGAUCCCCGAGCAACAGAUCGGGCACACAGAGAGCUCCCCAAGAUGUAGAGCGCCAUCGGACCCGCUCUCAUAUAGCACAGAAGAGGAGAAUCCCAAGCCACAUGGCUGCUGAUCAACAUUCCCUCCAGGAGAAGUGGAGAGAGGACCCCUUACACAGAAGACUGUACACAGCAACCCGGCACAUACCCUGGCUGGGACGGCAGGACAACAAUAACCCAGCGACAAAUUCUGGCAGCUUCCCACCAUUAGGGAUCGGAUGA